UCGCUAUCGGCCUCUUUUGGUGCGUUUUGAGGAAGCUGUGUUCCAGCUCCGCCGUUGUAUUAUUAACACUGCAUUAAUAUCGGAUCCAAGGCUUUUGUUUGCUGGCAUUAUUGCGUAGUGGUUUCUUGUGGCAGUGACGGCGCACACUACUGUGCGUGUCUGUAAACAAUCUGUACGCACACGCCCAAUCCGGCUGCCGGCUGUGAGCGUUCCCGCAUUUCCUCGUGACGUAAGCUUGGCUCAAGUUCCACGCUGAGCACACAUUUGUGCCACUUAUAGCAAGAUACAAUGAGUUACCCGGGCGGAAGUGGGAACGCUUAUCCUCCUCAGCAGGGAUAUCCAGGUUACCCAUCCCAAGAUACAGCAAAUUACCCGAUGGGUGCUGUCUAUGGAGCGCCACCAGUUGGCCAGCAGGCUCCUGGCUACCCGCCCCAAGUACCAAAUCAGACAUACCCACCGUCGUCCUCACAAGGUUUCCCAACGACCCAGCCAGGUUUUGCUUCUCAGCCUGGUUACCCGAGCCAACCCGGCUAUCCGAGCCAACCAGGCUAUCCGAGUCAACCAGGCUAUCCGAGUCAACCUGGCUAUCCGAGUCAACCUGGCUAUCCGAGUCAACCCGGCUAUCCGAGUCAACCCACCUAUCCGAGUCAACCCAGCUACCCAAGUCAACCUGGCUAUCCGAGCCAGCCCAGCUAUCCAAGCCAGCCCAGUUAUCCAAGUCAGCCUGGUUACACCAUGCCCACAGCCACUGGCCAUCAAAGUUCCACUCAAGGAUACCCUGGUUACCCAACAAGCCAGAGUAGCUAUUCUGCACCUGUGUCUGCUGCUAGCUAUCCUUCUACACAAGCAGCUCCAAGCCCACACCCAUCUGCAGGCUAUCCUAGUGCAGGCACAACAACUGGCCCUGGUGGUUACAGUGCACCUUAUACGCAGUCAGCCUAUGGAGCAGGAUCUGUUUACUCCAGUGCUGCCCAGGUUACUCAAUCAGCAUCCUAUACAGGACAGCGUUUACGAGAUAGUCCAGGCAACGCAAGAAACAUGGCCACCAUCAAACCCUACCCAGGAUUCAAUCCCCAGGAUGACGCCCAGGCGCUGAGGAAGGCCAUGAAGGGCUUUGGCACUGAUGAGGCUGCCAUCAUUGCUAUUCUUGCCAAAAGGACAAGCGAUCAGCGACAGGCGAUCAUGACAACGUACAAGCAGAUGUUUGGACGGGACCUUGUAAAGGAUCUCAAGUCGGAGCUGUCUGGGAAAUUCGAGGAUGUCAUUGUUGGGCUGAUGACUCCACUUUACGAAUUCCUGGCGUCUGAGCUGAAGGCUGCCAUGAAGGGUGUUGGCACUGACGAGGACUGCCUGAUUGAAAUCCUCUGCACCCGCACCAAUGCUGAAAUUGCUGCCAUAAAGCAGAUCUACAAGCAGAUGUUCAGCUAA